UGUCAUACAGCAGGUAACAACAGCGAGAGGCAGACGCUCACUGUACGGUACUUGGGCGUUGAUAUUGUAGAGCUACCAUCACGUCGCGGUCACGAUCAACCUUCCUCUGCAUCACUGCUACCUACAUUCUGUCAUUCUCAUCACCAAAAGGCUAAUUUAAGUUCCCGCUUCCACGCAUGACGGAGGAGUGUGAACUUGGGUGAAGUUAUCACACUGCUUCGAGCACAUAAAAUGACUUACGCUCCCUCUCCCAGCAGCCAUGGGCUGUCCCGGUACGUAGACUGCAACUCAGCUCUCGCCCUACUUGGCUUCAUCCUCUUCGUUGACGUCUUGAGGGACAUAGUAGAAUACGUCACUGAGGAAAAGGAAGACGACGAGAGAAGAAAGAAGCGGUGGGCGGUAGGAGGUGGACGGUGGGCGGCAGGAGAUGGGCGGUGGACGGCAUACAGUGGGCAGCCGGAAUCAGACAUCCUGACGUUCAUCACCCAUGGCGGUGCAGACCAUCUCUACGACGCUCUGCCUGAUAUUAUUCUUCCGCUUAUGGAAGGAUGGCAGAAGGUAACGAGUGAUGAACGUCGUGCUGAGUGUCUAAAACAGAGUGUGUGUGAAGCUAACCGAGCCCUGGCCAAGGAGUAUGGGGCGGCGGGCAGGAUCUUUGCUACCCUGUUUACCAAGGUGUCGAGUCGUGCCUUGAGUGGUGGUGAUGAAGAGCUACUGAGGAUGGCGCAGACGGCGGCUAGAGAGGGUCGCCGAGGAUACCUGUGUGAAGCAGCCUUCCCCACCUGCCACAACGUCACCGCCGCCGACAGUAAUCGUGGUGGUGAACUCAACGCCAUCGAUGCUAGCUAGAGUCUAAAUCAACACUUUCGACGCCGUGUGGAGUUUCCCUCAACGCCGUCGACGCUGUCAGAGGUUACUAUUGCCUCGCGCUAACGUUCCAACACGCGCGUCAUCUAGAGUCUGCCAACUACAACCUCAACGCCACUACCCCCAAUCACAACCUCAACGCCACUACCCCCACUCCACAACCCCUGUACAAAUGACUAUACUGUAUAACCAGAUAAUUACACCCACACCCACACCCACACACACACACACACACACACACACACACACUGUAUCAUUUACUUGUAUAAAAACAUUAUCUUGUAUAGUUGAUUAUAAACACGAAUGUCUUAUAUAUAUAUUAUCUAUGCUGCAAUAAAAUAAUGACACACGCUCACUCAGGUGUCAACAGUGUGUAUGUCUCUCAAACAGUUAAACGUUAUACUAAUUA